GAUGGAGAAGUACGAGAAGAUAAAAGUGGUGGGGAGGGGAGCUUUCGGCAUAGUGCAUCUUUGUCGCAGACGCACUGACGGCGCACUGGUGAUCUUGAAGGAAAUCCCAGUAGAGCAGAUGACACGUGAUGAACGUCUCGCAGCUCAGAACGAAUGCCAAGUUCUCAAGUUACUCAACCACCCCAACAUAAUCGAGUAUUAUGAAAACUUCCUGGAAGACAAGGCGCUGAUGAUCGCAAUGGAAUACGCUCCAGGUGGAACCCUGGCAGAUUACAUACAGAAGCGCUGCAACUCCCUGUUAGAUGAGGACACCAUACUACAUUUCUUUGUCCAGAUCUUACUUGCUCUUUACCAUGUGCACAAUAAACUCAUCCUACAUCGGGACCUCAAAACCCAGAACAUACUACUAGACAAGCAUCAGAUGAUAGUUAAAAUAGGUGACUUUGGCAUCUCAAAGAUUCUCGUGAGCAAGAGCAAAGCGUACACUGUUGUGGGGACACCAUGUUAUAUUUCUCCAGAACUGUGUGAAGGAAAGCCAUACAACCAGAAGAGUGACAUUUGGGCCUUAGGCUGUGUUCUUUAUGAGCUUGCUAGUCUCAAGAGAGCCUUUGAGGCAGCAAACCUGCCAGCCUUGGUGCUAAAGAUCAUGAGUGGCACAUUUGCCCCCAUUUCAGACCGUUACAGCCCAGAACUUAGACAGCUGAUCCUCAACAUGCUGAAUUUGGAUCCAUCCAAGCGACCCCAGCUCAAUGAGAUAAUGGCCCAUCCUAUUUGCAUCAGGCCAUUGCUCAAUCUCUACACUGACAUAGGCAACGUCAAAAUGCGCAGAAUUGAAAAGCCACUGUCUACUGUUCAGGCAGGUUCUCAUGGAAGACCAGGUGGAAGAGGAACCAAUACUAGAACUAGAGGUGGGCUGUCCGGUUUAACCACAACAAAGAUGAUGCAUCCAUUGCCCUUAUCUUCAGUGCACACCUGGGGCAGUGGCAUUUCCACUCCUCUGCGUCUGCCCAUGUUAAACACAGAGGUUAUCCAAGUCUCCCUGGGACGCACCCAAAAAAUGGGCGUCACCAAAUCUGGGAGGCUCAUCACUUGGGAGGCACCCUCGGUUGGAUCUGGUGAGCCUGUUUUGCCUGGUGCAGUCGAGCAGAUGCAGCCGCAGUUCAUCUCCCGCUUCCUAGAAGGUCAAUCUGGUGUCACCAUCAAAUCUGUAUCAUGUGGUGAUCUUUUCAGCACCUGCUUGACAGACAGGGGAAUAAUAAUGACAUUUGGCAGUGGAAGCAACGGUUGUCUUGGCCAUGGCAAUUUCAACGACGUUACACAGCCCAAGAUAGUGGAGGCUCUUCUGGGUUACGAGUUGGAUCAGGUGUCUUGUGGAGCAUCUCACGUUCUGGCUGUGACCAAUGAGCGAGAGGUUUUCUCCUGGGGGAGAGGAGACAAUGGUCGGCUGGGUUUGGGCACUCAAGACUGUCAUCACUCCCCCCAGCAGGUGAGUUUGCCAUCUGAUUUUGAAGCCCAUCGCGUGUUGUGUGGGGUGGACUGCUCUAUGGUUAUAAGCACACAGCACCAGAUUCUGGUCUGUGGAAAUAACAGAUUUAACAAACUGGGUUUGGACAAGAUCUCGGACACAGAAGAGCCCCCAUCUCACUGUCAGGUGGAGGAGGUCCAUAUAUUCCAGCCCGUCCAGUCGGCACCUCUAAAUGUUGAGAAGAUUGUUUACAUCGACAUUGGAACCGCACAUUCUGUUGCCGUCACAGAGAAAGGACAGUGUUACACCUUUGGCAGUAACCAGCUCGGCCAGCUUGGUUGCAGUUCCUGCAGAACCACCCGAGUGCCCUGUCAGGUCCCAGGACUGCAGGGGAUCACCAUGGCAGCGUGUGGCGACGCCUUUACUCUGGCAAUCGGUGCAGAGGGGGAGGUGUACACCUGGGGUAAAGGGGCACGUGGUCGACUCGGACGGAAAGAAGAGGAUUCUGGGAAGCCAAAGGCUGUGCAGCUCGACGAGAGCCACCCCUUCACUGUCACAUCCGUGGCCUGUUGCCAUGGAAACACACUGUUGGCUGUGAAACCAUUUUUUGAAGAGCCUGUUCCAAAGUAAUAUGACUCAAGUUACACAACGCACUCAACAGAGGAGGCUCACGCUCUUGCAAAUAAAGACUGAGGGAUUGUGCGUUGGAGAAGUGCAAGCUGUGCAGUGUUUGUACAGUAACUACAUGUUAACACAUGAUAACAGAACUGUUGAAAUUCUGUUUUGGAAUUGCAUCUUUUUGGCAAGACCAUGCAAGACUGGCGGACUGGCAAAUGCAGUCUUUAUAUUAAAAAAGGGAAGGGUCGGUCUUAGAUUAGCUGAAGGUAAUUCUGUGACCUUAAUAACAGGAAGGAAAAUAUGAUGAUAAAAAGCGCUUCUUAGGGUUUCACAUAAAUGUGAAACGCAGAUAGGCAUACAAUUUCAUAUGUGUAAUAGCACAAAAAUAUGACACUUUGACCGUCAUUUGUGGCAGUUGUCCUGUGUAUAUCACCUUAACCAUAUAUAAAUGAUAUAUUAUAUACUUAAUUACAACUAUAAGUAUUACUAUAAUUAUUAUUAUAGCUCGAACAGCUAUAAUAAAUAUGUAUGCUUGGCAAUUUAUAAUGCAUAAAAAGAAGCUUCAUGUUUAUUCACAGAGGAAUAGCAUAAACAUGGCACGAUACACACAAAGCUCAUGGAUACGUCAUGCUAUGAUGUAAUUCUUGUGCAAUACGUGAUGCUCAGCGCGUGUCCUUGUCCAGUAACCGCGCUUGUCCAUGCACUGCAUUUUAACGAUGGUUAGCAAAUGUCAGAAAAUAUGAUUGGUAAAACUGAGCCAAUAAA